GUCCUUCAGCGGAAACAACCUGGAGGGCUACCUACCCAAGAGCUGGUCCACUCUGGUCAACCUGCAGGAGCUAUAUUUAAGUACCAACCACCUCCGAGGAGCCAUUCCGGCAACAUUCUCGGCCCUAACGGCCCUCGUUUCAGUAGACCUUUCGUGGAAUUCUCUUUCUGGUUCUAUACCCCCAGUUUUCAGCACCACCAUCCAAACGUUAUACCUCGACCACAAUACCUUCUCUGGACCCAUUCCACCACACUUGGCACUGCCCAACCUCGCUGAGCUUCAACUAGCCAACAAUCUGUUCACAGGAGGCAUCCCCAACGCCUUCACUAGGCUCACUGGCAUGAGAACUCUAGACAUUGGUUUCAACAGUCUCACCUCAGGCCUUCACGUGGUGGCUCAGAUGACAUGGCUUGCAAACAUACUCCUCGAUAGCAACAACUUAUCUGGUGUGCUUCCAGCGUCCUUCACAGCCAUCAAGGGCCUCGCAUUUCUGCUUAUAAAUAACAACUACUUCACUGGAACCUUCCCCGAUUGUAUUCUGCUCCACACGAGCCUUCAACAACUGGAUCUGAGCAACAACAGUUUCACCGGUUCUAUCCCUCACAAAUUGACCAACCUUGUCAACCUGCAAAACAUUAACCUCAAUGACAACAGUUUUCGUGGAACUAUCCCAUCAAGCCUGUUCCAGCUAUCCAUGCUGUCCUCACUGCAAGUAGCCAACAACUUCCUUUCUGGGGGCCUCCCACGGACUCUCACUGCCCAGUCUUCUCUUCUCACGCUCAACCUGGCAGGAAAUGGCUUCACGGGCUCCUUGCCAAACUUCUCUCGCUGGAAAGUCAUCUGUGCACAGAUAGAUCUCAGCAACAGCAACUUCACGGGGUCUAUUCCUGUCUCCAUCUCCACCCUCACCACCCUCGAUUCCAUUUUUCUCAACAACAACCAGCUGACAGGCACCAUCCCCUCUGCCAUUUUCACCAUGACCAAUCUCAAAUAUCUCUACAUUGCCAACAAUUAUCUAAGUGGCAGUCUGCCAGGUGUCAUCAGUCGACUGAAGAAGCUCGAACAGAUCUGGCUGGACAACAACAAGAUUGAGGGCCCUCUGCCAUCUGGCCUGUGCUCGCUGCCCUGGCUGUGGCGCAUCAUGGUGAGCAACAACCACCUAUACGGACCCCUUCCGGACUGCCUUUUUGACAAGUGUAUCAACCAAAU